AACAGCUAGCUAGCAAGCUAAAUUGGCUAGCUAAGCAACGUUAGCAUUUCGUACUACUUGAUGAACGGGCCGAGAUUGUUAGCUAACUAGUUAGCUAAUGCUAACAACGCAGUGCGUGGUAGAGAAGAUAUCUAUCUGGGUAUUAAAUAUUAACACAAAUAUACCCAUAAUACCAACCUUAAUGAAAAGACCAGCCAACUAGCCGACUGAGUUAACGUUACCAAUUAACUAACGUUAUGUUAGUGUUGAACUCACUUCAUGCUAACUAACUUCGCUAGUAACGUUAGCUAGCUAUAAGCUAGUUAGUUUAUUGGGAUUUCCACUAUUUGAAGCUCUCAGACUGAACAGAACGGACAUAUAACAAUGUGUUAAUGUAAUCAUGCUCUAAAACAUGUCAUAUAUUAUAUCUUUCAUAGAUCCCUCUCUAUUGCACCAAUCUGCCGCUCUCUCUUUGUGACUAGAACGGCCUGAACAGCUAGAGAGUGUGUUUGUGUGUUCCCGGACCAGGGUGACUGUGUGUGAAGUAUACACACCCUGUGUUUGCGAGGCUCUGUAGGAGACUCCUCCAGACCCCAGAGUGAGGAUUGUGUGUGAGCCUCUCGCUCCAUAUGUGUGUGACAAUGGGGGACAUCAGUGAUCUGGACAGACAGAUAGAACAACUUAGGCGCUGUGAACUCAUCAAGGAAAAUGAAGUCAAAGCACUGUGCGCCAAGGCCAGGGAGAUUCUGGUAGAGGAGAGUAACGUACAGAGGGUGGACUCUCCAGUUACAGUGUGUGGGGAUAUUCAUGGACAGUUUUAUGACCUAAAGGAGCUGUUUAGAGUAGGGGGCGAUGUUCCGGAGACAAACUAUCUCUUCAUGGGUGACUUUGUGGACCGAGGCUUCUACAGCGUGGAGACGUUCCUGCUGCUCCUAGCACUCAAGGUGCGGUAUCCAGACAGGAUCACUCUGAUCCGAGGGAACCACGAGUCACGGCAGAUCACACAGGUCUACGGCUUCUAUGACGAGUGCCUCCGCAAGUACGGCUCGGUCACCGUGUGGAGAUAUUGCACCGAGAUCUUUGAUUACCUGUCCCUCUCUGCCAUCAUCGACGGCAAGAUAUUCUGUGUGCACGGCGGCCUUUCUCCCUCUAUUCAAACUCUGGACCAGAUCAGAACUAUCGACAGGAAGCAGGAAGUGCCUCACGAUGGCCCCAUGUGUGACCUGCUGUGGUCUGACCCAGAAGACACCACAGGGUGGGGUGUGAGCCCGAGGGGGGCGGGCUACCUGUUUGGCAGUGACGUGGUGGCCCAGUUCAACGCGGCCAAUGACAUCCACAUGAUCUGCAGGGCCCACCAGCUGGUCAUGGAGGGCUACAAGUGGCACUUCAAUGAGACAGUGCUAACUGUGUGGUCCGCACCCAACUACUGCUACAGAUGUGGUAAUGUAGCAGCCAUCUUGGAGCUGGAUGAGCACCUGCAGAGGGAGUUCAUCAUAUUUGAAGCCGCUCCGCAGGAAACCAGGGGCAUUCCCUCCAAAAAGCCAGUGGCAGACUACUUCCUGUGACCUCUCACCCUGGAGGGAAUAUGGAGCCUUUGGUCGUGUUCCCCUGCUCAGACGUUGCAUGCAUCAACCAAUGGUUGCGUGCCACGUCAUUGACUGUCGUCGACUGCUAUAUUGCUAUAACUUGAUGUGGUUAGCUGAUACUUAAAAUGUCUAUCCAGGGGUUGUAAGAUCUGGCAUGCGUCAGCAAUGCCUGGGCAGGGGAACGCGCCCUUUAUGUUAGGAUGGAUUCUGGUGUCUUGAACCUCUUUUGGUUCUGUUUCAAACUGACCCCUAGACCAGGGGUAGACAACCCUGUUCCUGGAGUGCUGCAGGUACUGUACAAUUGUCUCAAGGCACCACAUUGAGCUACUAAGCUUAUUGAUCAGUUCAGUGAUUGCCUAAAUUCAACACAUUUGGUCUUCCAGGUCGGUUUAAUCAAAAACAGGAAGUGCCUUCCGCACACCAGGACCAGGGUUGCCUAACCCUGCCCUAGACACUUCUUGAUUCCCCACUGUAGAGAUGAAAGAGCUGUGUCAGUGUGAGCAAUAUGGCAGAAACUCCACCUAGCCCUCUAUCCACCUACCCUAUCAGAGGAUGAGGUGGAGCUAUUACCAUACUGCUGAUACUGUCCAGGCCUUGGUUGGAAGAUCAUGAAGUAUCUAGUUGUGACUGCUUUGGGGGUCCGAAUGAAUCUGUGCCCAUUUCAGCUCUUUACAAUGGCCAUCACGUCGUUCUUUUCUUCCUCCCCUCCUAUUAACUUCUCUUAUCCCCUCUCGCCGCCAUUGAGUUGUUUGGUAUUUGCCCUUCCCUCUGAUCUUGUAGUAUUUUUACAUUUGAAAAUGUGAACAUUGUCCUACAGAUGGAGGGAUACUUGAAAGGAGAUGAAAGAAUAUUUUAAUCUGCAGAUAUAGGAAAUUAACCCAUUUCUGGGUUGAAUUUUCCAUAUGCAUAAUUUCUUACACAUUUUUCUUUUCUUAGAUUUUGUAUAACUGUUGUGUAAAGGAUGAACUGCAAAAAUAAUUUUUCUUCAGUUUGCUAUUUCUGUUUCCUGUUUGCUUGUGUUUUCUCUAACUCAGUUUUCAAAAACAUUGAAUGCUACUCAGCAUAUCCUAAACAGCACCUACACUCAAACAAAAAUAAAGUAACUGGUUAAAUGGGAUCACUACACACACAAGUUUUUUUUUCUUUUUCUGUACCUUGUUGAUGCCUAUUGAUCCACAAAUCUCUGUAGGGUUCACUGUUGACUUUUGAUAUUGUGAAAAUAAAAUCUUUUUGUAUCAAAUCUCCUUUUCUGCUGGAGUG